AUGUCACAUUAUGACGGCACAGAGUGUGACAGUAACAGUGACAGUGACAGUGACAUUGGCAAACAUUUUGCCAUUGAACAUCCUGAAGAAGUAAAGGGCAUGUUUAAGGACUUUACGCAGUCUCCGGACAAGAUCAGAGAAAAAAUUGAGAGUCUAGAACAUGUGACACUCAACAUAGCUAUAACUGGAAAUUCAGGAGCAGGAAAGUCCACCUUUGUGAACGCCAUACUGGGUUUGAGUAACGAUGAUGAGGGAGCGGCUGAAACAGGAGCAACAGAGACCACAAGGAAGCCCAAAGCAUUCACACAUCCCACAAUGCCGAAUGUCACCAUUUGGGAUCUGCCAGGUGUUGGCACUCAGAAUUUCAGGGCGAAGACCUAUUUAAAAGAUGUGAAGUUUAAACGUUAUGACUUCUUCAUCAUCAUCAGUUCAGAAAGAUUCAAAGAGAAUGACAUAAAGCUGGCCAAGGCAGUCAAGAAGAAGAAAAAACUCUUUUAUUUCAUUCGCUCCAAGAUUGACAAUGAUGUCAAUGCUGAAAGCAAAAAGAAAGGCUUCAACAAAGAAGACUUGCUGUCUAAGAUCAGAGAGGACUGCAAGAUGAACUUGAAAGGUGUUGGAAAGCCACAGGUUUUUCUGAUAUCCUCCUUCAAUUUGCAGAGUUAUGAUUUCAAUAGGUUAAUGGACACAUUAGAGAAAGAACUUCCAGAAAACAAGAAACACGCCCUCAUCCAGGCUCUGCCAAUCUAUUCCCUUGAAGCAUUAGAGAGGAAGAAGAAGAUUUUUCAUGGGAUGGUCUGGCUCACAGCUUUAGCCUCAGGUGUUGCAUCUGCAGUCCCUGUUCCAGGUCUAACAAUGGCAUGUGACUAUGGAAUAGUCACAGGAUUUCUCGACGUUGCAUUCAAAUGCUUUGGGCUUGAAGACAAGUCUUUAAAGAUGCUUGCAUCAAGAGUGCGAAUGAACUGGAAGGACUUGAAAGGUGAAAUAAAGUCAAGGUUUAAAGAUGGAGUCACACCUGGGGUGGUGAUGUCUUUUUUCAAAACGCCUUCCAUGGUCGGACUCAUGACUGUGAAGAGUCUGCUGAGCUGUAUCGUGUUUUUUGGUGCUGCACCUGCAGGAGCAAUAUCUGUGGCCGUCAUGCACUUCAUGCUCAACAAAGCCCUCAAGGAGAUGGAAAAGGAUGCCAAAGCUGUGCUGGAAAAGGCGCAGCUGUAA